ACAACGCUCGGUAGUUGACUUGUUGCGAGUAACUUGAACGCGCCGGAGGACUUAAGAUUCCUGCACAGCGCUGUGUGGAACAACAACCACCAAAGGAAAAACCCUUUUUACGGCUUAGAAAACCGAACGCAAUCCAAGGAAAAUGAUUUUCGGCAAGUUGAAAAAGUUUGACAUCGUCUUUGACUCCUCGGAGGUGGACUGUCCUGUGUUCAGCAGCGGGGAUGUGGUGUCGGGUCGCGUGCUGCUGGAGCUGUUCGGGGAGACGCGGGUGGACUCCUUAAAGCUUCACGCUGAGGGGUUCGCCAAAGUGCACUGGACCGAGUCCCGGUCGGCCGGCUCCAGCACCGCGUACACCCAGAACUUCAGCGACGAAGUGGAGUACCUGAACCGCAGGGAGGUCCUCCUGCAGGCAGAUAAUGGUGAAACGACCACCCUUCCUGCUGGCAGACACGAGUUCCCUUUCAGCUUCCAGCUUCCAGAAGAUACAUUGGUCACCUCCUUUGAGGGGAAGCAUGGCAGCAUCCGUUACUGGGUCAAAGUGAAGCUGCACCGGCCGUGGGCCCCUGUUAGGAAAAUCAAGAGAGAGUUUACCGUCAUCGAGCCCAUUGACAUUAACACACCAACCUUUCUGGCACCACAAGCUGGAACUAAGGAUAAGAUGGCACGGGCAUGGUACCGUAAUUUUGGACAGGUGUCUGUAACAGCAAAGAUUGACCGUAAAGGCUACACACCAGGUGAAGUGAUCCCAGUGUUUGCAGAGUUUGACAACUCCACCUCCAGAUCCAUUGUUCCAAAAGCCUUCAUCACUCAGACACAAACGUUCAUCGCCCGUGGAACCAUGAAGCAGAAGCACUCGGUGGUAGCCACCCUCUGCGGCGACAUUGUUAGCGCCAGAUGUCGCGAAACCUGGCACGGUCGCGCGAUCAAGAUCCCACCUGUGGGUCCGUCCAUUUUACAAUGCCGCAUCAUUAAAGUGGAGUACAUGCUGAAGGUUUGUGUUGAUGUUCCUGGGACAUCUAAGCUGUGUUUGGAGCUGCCACUGGUCAUAGGGACCAUCCCCCUCCAUCCCUUCGGCAGCAGGACGUCCAGCAUCAGCAGCCACUACAGUCUCAACCUAGACUGGAUUCACAUGGCUAUCCCUGAGCAGCCAGAGCCUCCUCCAGAUUACAGCUCUGUGGUGACGGAGGAAGAGGCCGAGCAGCAGAAUAAUGCAGUGUCCUCACAGCCAGCUGAGGAUCUGAGCGGGAUCCUGGAGCGACCCCUCAUGGCUUUCGUCCAAGAGUUUCGCUUCAGACCGCCGCCUGUGUACAGCGAGAUUGACCCCAACCCCCAGCCCAUCAACAUGCGACCUCGCUGCAUGACAUGUUGAACCACGAGUGCUGCUUGAGCAAUAAGCAGCUUUUUUAUUUCAAGUCCAUGAAGAGAUUUGUAUCCUCCUGGAUUACUUCUCUCUGGUAAAGAGCACCUGUCCCACCGUGGGUUGUGGCGGUGGACUGAGGCGGCGCAGAGCGGUCAGGAGGCGAAGCUCACAGAGACUGAAUGAGCACAGACGAGCUGGCGCUUAGCAGCCAGCGCAGUAAAGCCGACGUUUUCCCCGGUUCUGCUGAGAGUGAAGCUACUUCUUUGCAUCGGUUCCUGAACUCCCCAAAUGAUUUAUGGCCCCCAAACGACAGGAGCACCAAAAUUCAACAAUUUCCUUUGUAUGAAGAGACUUUGACACUUAAGGAAUUUUUGAUAUUUUUUUUGGGGGGGGGGGUAAGAUCACUUGAUAUUUCUCAGGCAGAGAGUUGCACUUCUAUCUGGUACUGAAAUGUCUGCAAAGAAGGGCUCUUGAUAAGGCGACAUGUUCAGAAACGCAUGUUCAUCUUUGAGUGGUGAAACGAAAAGUGCCAUUACUGUAUCAUCUGUUUCUAACUUGCCUUCGCUUCACUUCAGGAUGGUUAUUAACCUCUACAUUGUUAUGCAUUCUGUGCCUCAGCAGCAAUGUCGCAUGUGUUGACUUCCAUUGUGACUUGGGCACCCACUGUUUGAAGGUGUGAUGAUUCGAAAAGUCAGGAAUAGCAGAAGGAUGUGUUUUUAUGCAUGCGAAAAUGGUAAGAGUGCCUUAGUUAGCUGCAGUUUAAAAUUGCACAGGCGUAAAGAUGACUCUCAGAACUGGAUAGAGAUGAUUAAUUAUUGAAAGAACAAAAACGGUCACGAUGUAAGUGUUUGAACUCCAAGAGUAGGCUUGUGUAAAGGCGAGGCCCGAAGCACUGAUAGCUGUGGUAAAUGAUUUCCACAAAGUGAUGAAACCGAUUAAAGCAGUUUGCUUAAAGGCUGCACAAAGCCUGCAGAUGAGCUCUUCUGGCUGCUGAACCAAGGGAGAACUCUGAAAACCUUUGAGCCAUGUGGACCGAAGCUCUCAAAGGGAGCCAGACGAGGUCCAGCCUUAAGGUGCAAAUGCCACUGUUUUCAAAGGACAAAGAAAAUUCCAAAAAGCUAACUCGAGGAUUGUACGCUCCUCAAUUCCAAAAAAAGAAAAACUGUUGGGUCUGACGAUCCAGAAUUCAGGAGCAGCUCUGGAACUUCAGUGAUCCACGCUGAAGAUACGAGUUUCUUUGUUUUUUUACAAAUGUAUUUUCUUUAUUGGGAUUCAAUUUUUGUAAAGAUCUUUUUAAUAAAUAAAAUAAUAAAGAAAAAGUCA